AGCCACUCUCUCUCAGGCCAUGUUGUGCCAGGGCACCCCGCUGCCGUAGUUGUAGUGCAGGCUUCCAUGGCGGGCAGCCUCAGGGCCAUUAGCACUGCCAGGCCGCUUGCCCUGCUGGUGGCUUUGGUCUACCUGCUUCGGAAGUAUUACCAGAGAUGCUUUCCACGUCCUACAGGCGCGCCCUAUGUGAAAGGUCACUGGCUCUUGGGAGUUUUGUUCCAGGUUUUGACAUGUGCAUCGAACCACACCCUGCACGAUUGGUGGACCAAACAGCAUUCUGAGUACGGCAAAACAUGCGUGGCUGAUGUGCCUUUACAGCCUAAAAUCGUAACUACAGUUGACCCAGUUAAUGUUGAGCAUGUUCUCAAGACGCGCUUCGACAACUACAUCAAAGGUGUUUAUUUCCAAGACCGCUUGACGGACUUGCUUGGGAACGGCAUUUUCAAUGUUGAUGGGCCGGCUUGGCAUUCACAACGGAAGAUUGCCGCCCCAAUGUUCUCCAAUGACCAGUUCAAGAAUCACAUAUGGCGCGUUAUUGGCGCAAAUUGCGCGCGUGUUUCUCAGCUCCUGCGCGAUGUUCCUGAAGGUGGGACAAUCGACCUGUUCGACAUUCUGAAUCGCUUCACGUUAGAUACGAUUGGCUCGGUCGGUUUUGCUCGCGACAUUGGCUCUUUAGGUAACGCAGAAUCGCCGUUCCUCAGGUCUUUCGAUCGAGCCCAGCAGAUCUCGCUGUUGAGAUUCCUGCAGCCCCUGUGGCGCAUCCGCCGGCUGUUGAGGAUCGGCGAGGAGGGCGAGGCCCGUCGCCACUUCCAGAUGCUGAGCGACUACAGCCUGGAGACGGUCCACAUGUUGCAAGAGGAUCUCUCUGGAGGAAAGGGUGAUAGCUUCGUCGGCUUAUUCAUCCAGCAUGCAAAGAAGACUGGCGAGCAGGUUAACGACAGCUUCUUGAGGGACAUGGUCUUGAAUUUUUUGAUCGCGGGGCGCGACACCACGGCGCAGUCUCUCGCGUGGACUUUGUAUUUGGUGAUGGGGCACCCGACGGUGGAGGCGAAGAUAUUGGAGGAAAUCGAAGACGUGCUCGGGGAAGAUCCCAUUACCUACAGCAACACUGCGAAGCUUAAGUAUUUGCAAAACGUUAUCAAUGAAGGCUUGAGGUUGUACCCCUCCGUUCCCGCUGACACCAAGAUGUGUGUCCAAGAUGACUACCUGCCUGACGGCACGUUCAUCCCGGCCGGCGCUGUUUUCCAAUUUCAUCCUUAUGCCAUGGGACGUUCCAAGGAUCUUUGGGGAGAAGAUGCUGCAGAAUUCAAGCCGGAGCGAUGGGAGGGCCGAGAUUUCCCAAGCUCUUUUGUCUAUCCAGUCUUCAAUGCUGGUCCGCGUGAGUGUCUGGGCAAGCGUCUGGCCUGGGUGGAGAUGCGCGCUUUCUUGGCCGAGGUCAUGCGAAAAGUCAGAUUUGAGCUCGCUGUUCCGCGAGACGCCAUCAAGCCCGACACGCAACUUACGAUCGGAAUGUCGUCUGGACUUCCCUGCCGCGUGUUCCCGAGGUAGAUACUGAGCUGCGCGGCCCGCGUUGCGCGUUGCGCCCGAUCGAGCACUUCGGCCCUAUGCGGAGCUCGGUUGGAAGAUAAGAAGAAUAAUGCGCCGUCAGAGCUGCAUGGUGUCAAGCCAACGACGCCGCGGCCAGCCUCGUGCACGAUGCGGCCGGCUGUUGUUCAGCGCCGCGCUUGCAAGAGGGGUCCUUCGUGCGCUAGUUUAGGCAGCGGCUUCCCGUGUCGAGUGCAAGCUCGCGCUGCCGCUCCGCAGCACUUGCCACCGUGCCAUUUGUGGUUCCGAUCGCAAGGGUUGGUACCACUUAGCGCAGACGGCAGAGCACACGGCGAUCGCCGAACAUGGUGAAAACACGGUGCCGCCUGCGUUGUGUUCCUUCCGGUUCUGUACGUCUCUUGCUAUGCUGUUCCAGCCCACUUUCGCUCUGAUCCCCAGAAAGGAUUCCGAGCAUCAGGGAAGCACCUCAACUGUAGGGUGCGUGUCGGGCCCUGGGAGGCGAUACUCGUUCGACACUUCUCCAGCGUGCCGGGCAGACACUGUUUCGACACCCUGCUGGGUGUUCGAAGUUACUUCUGAGAUGUGGUCCAUGAGUGC